CUGAUGAAGAGUCUUUGAAGUCCCGUCUAAGUCGGGAUUACGAGGCUACAAAGUUAGCCAUGCGUAAAGAGUUUCAGCGGCUUGAAGAAGCACACGCGAUAGAGAUGGAAAAAGAACGGAAACGAGCAGCUGCGGCCGAGUCUAAACUGGUUCGUCAAUUGGAAACCGAGACCAAAAAUGAAUUGAAAACAGCAAAGAAGUCCCGUGAACGCCCACUCAGCACCCACGACCCUUCAGAUCCGGGGUUGGUUCGGCACCUCGAUCCGCUCGAAGCGAUUCGCCGUCGUCGACAAGAUUUAACGAAUUUGGAGAUUCGUAAGACCAAGCGUGCCUCGCUGAUGCAGCUCCAGGCAAUGGAGGUAAAUAACGUUUCGUCAUAUCCUGUUUGGUUUGAAAACAAUGUCCCGAGGGCGGAACCUCCUGUUUUCGAUAAUUCAUCAACUAAUCAAUGUACCUAA